AUGGUCACUGACGUCACCUACCUUUACUCAGUUUUGAACCAACAACAAUCGAUUAUGAAUGAAUCUAAAUCAACGGCUCUGAUCACUCGUGAUUUACUCGGUGGCGGUGGUGGUGGUUGCGAUCUCGAUUCGUCUAAGGAAUUAGACCUUGACUUACAUGUUCCUUCUGGAUUUGAAAAACGUCUCGAUUUUAAGAUGACUCCAAGUUGGUGGGGAACUCCGGCUCCAGAUAGUGGAAAGUACACAUGUACAAGCUUAUCUCCAUCAUGGGCCGAAUCUCCCACACCACCUCGAAUUACUGCAGAAAUGUGGGCAUCUGUUACAAAUCAGAAGCAAAGUGAACCGAAAAUGACAAUUACAACAGAUUGUCUAUAUAUAGCACAAACCGAACCCCUUUACUUUCAACAACAAUCUCCAUUUUUAAAGCUUCAAGUUCUUGCAACUCUAGUGAAGAAGAAGAAGAAGAUGGCAUCCAUCUCCACCUCCCUUCCAAUCUCAUCACCCUCCUUGUCUCUGCUCCAAAAGCCAACGAUCACUGCCCGCAGUUCUCCAGUUCUUCGAUUGCCAUCGAUGAGCAAGAUGGGUAAAGUGAGAUGUUCCGUGGAAGGUAAGCCCGAUGUCAUAUCCAACGACAGUGUACCCGAUUUCAUUGUACCAGGAAAGAAUUCAUGGCCAGAGCUUGUAGGGGAAAAAGGAGAAGUGGCAAAAGCGAUAAUUGAGAAAGAAAAUCCACUUGUCAAUGCUAUCAUAAUAUCUGGAAAUUCUCCCACCACGGAUAUGAUGUUUGUGUCCAACCGUGUGAGGGUUGUGGUGAAUGCUGAGGGAUUGGUGACUAAAACACCCAUCAUUGGUUAGUUUAUUAGGUGUGCUUUUGUAGUAUCAAAAUUUUAUAAAUAAACGAUGUGUACUUGUUGUAUCUUAGGAUUGUUGUUGUUUUAAAUAAUAUUGUCAGGUAAGAACUGUAUGUUGUUAGAAUAUUGUUUUAGUAAAUAAAAUGCAACUGUAGCAUGUAUAUGAGUA